AUGACAAGAGACGACAAGGAAAACCAAUUUCCAUUCCUACCUGUAUUGACUCCUCCACGAGACCCACUCAAAAGAACCGCAUCAACACCAUCAUCAAAUGCUAGCAAGAGAGUUCGUUCUGAUCAUCUUACAGAAGAAGCAGGAGUGCCAUCUAUAUUAUCAGUAUUCAAGGAGAAUGCAUCUCCAUUAAGACUGUUAUUGAAUGACAAGAAAUCUACUGCAGUUACAACUGCUGCGACAACCAGACUUGGAUCACAUACACCAUUAUCACAAGCUCGAUGGUCGAAUGCAUAUGGACGUGAUUCGAGAGUCUUGUGGGCUCUGCCUGUUAGAGAGAUGACGGGACAACGUGUUGACUUCUCAUUACGAAAACUCAUUAAACGAUUCGUAUCUACUGAACAUGAUCGUUAUCAAAUGGUGUCUCCUCAAGAUCUGGUUAUUCCUCCUUUUGCUUGUUCAUUCUCCAAUGUUACAAAUGAUGGUAAACUCUUGGCUGUCGCUGACGAAGAUGGUGUAGUAACGUUUCUUGAUACUAUGGUUGACACACGAGCACCUCUAGAGGAAUCAAUCAAAAUGGAAUGGACUGCACACGAAAACGCAAUCUUUGAAGUAGCAUGGUCGAGUGACGACACACGACUGAUGACUGCUUCUGGUGAUCAAACUGUCAAAGUUUGGGAUGUGGCUACUCGAGCGUCGUUGGGUACUUUGGGUGUUCAUCAAUGUGGGAUUACAGAUCCGUUGAAUGGACAUCAGUGUAGUGUUAAGGCUGUUUCGAAUCAUCCUCAGAAUCCAAGCAUGUAUGUAACUGCAUCACGAGAUGGAAGGGUCUUGUUGUGGGACUUGAGAGUUCCAGGAAGGACGAUUCAUGAUGGCACUACGGCAUAUAAGCCAGUAUAUAUGAUCAACGGAGCACAUGUUCCUGAAUCCACACCCAAACCCAAACGAACCAAACGAGCAACCAACAGCCUAAGCACAGCUCAUGGUGUAACUGCAGCACUCUUCUUGCCAGGCACCUUACGAAUAGCAUCAGCCGGAGCAGCAGAUGGACUAGUCAAGAUAUGGGACUUACGAAUGGGCACUGACCAUACCGAUAUAUCACAACACUCUAUUUCUCGAUCACGACUUCCAGAAGGACUCAAACGACCACAUGGAUUGACAUCAUUGACUAGCGAUUCCAAUGGCAGCCGCCUCUUCGCAUCAUGUUCCGACCAUUCAGUACAUGUCUAUAAUACCAUGAAUCUGGGAGCUCCAGUGCAACAAUUACGAUCAGCAACUUUCAAAGUGACCUCGUUUUACAUCAAGACUGCUAUAUCACCAGAUGAUCGAUUCUUGGCUUCCGGGUCUUCGGAUGGUGGAUUGUAUGUGUGGGAUGUUGAAGAAGCGAGAAGUGACAAGAAUGACUUUUAUAGUAAUGUUGCUGGUGGUGGUAGACCAAGAGUAGGACCAAUUAUAUUGAAGGGACAUGAAUCCGAAGUUACAGCUGUAUCAUGGUCUCGUGGUCAAGAUGUGACGCAGCAGUUUAUUGCUAAUGCUAGUGAUGAUAUGACUGUGAGGGUAUGGAAGUUUGAUCAUUCAAAAGAGGAAGAUGUUGGGACUGGUAAUUUGGAUCGUCCUGUUCAUCUAUGGGGGAGAGCUGUUCAGGGAGAACCCUAUGUUGGUGGAACGCCAGUGAAACCUGUUGAAGGCUGUUCUAGCUUUCACAUAUCCGCAUCAUUUGACCUCACCACAACAUUUUACAAACUCGGGUCAUCGAGGAAAGAAGAAGACUUGAUGGCAUCGACAAGUGUUGCUCCUCCUGCUACAAGAACUGUGAAAUUGACUGUGGUCGCAGCCGAUGGCCUAAUGAAACGAGAUCUAUUACGUCUUCCGGAUCCAUUCGCUGUCGUUACCGUCGAUGGAGAGCAGACGCAUACCACGAGUGUUAUUAAGAGGACGUUGAAUCCGUAUUGGAAUGAGAGUUUUGAUAUUGAUGUUCGAGCUAACAGUGUGAUUACAGUCCAAAUCUUUGAUCAACGAAAGUUCAAAAAGACGAAAGAUCAAGGUUUUUUGGGUGUUAUUAAUCAGCAAAUGUCUGCUAUUUUCGAUAUUUCGCAUGGUGGUGAUGAAAUGCUGACACUCGAAUUGAAGAAAUCAAACAGUGGAGAAGUCGUAUCCGGAAAAGUUAUAUUAAAUGUCACCACGAACUAUCAACCAGCUUCAAUCCCACCUCCUCAAGCAUCCCAAGACACAACCGCUACUCUAAACAGACGAUUAUCUACCUCAUCGAUUGGCUCUUCUGUAGUUGGUGGAAGCUCUGUAGCAGCAGCAGGAGCAAGUAACGCCGCAUCAUCAUCCUCCUCAUCAACAACACCAGUCAGCGCUGCUUCCAAUGCCGAUAAUCUACGAAAAGAAGCACUACGACAAGCAACAGCUACUGGAGCAGCUAAUAGUGGUACCAACGCUCAACGCCAAUUGACAGCUUUUGAAGAUCAUUUGGGACCACUACCAGCAGGUUGGGAACGCAGAGUAGAUCAUUUACAUCGAACAUACUAUGUAGAUCAUAAUAAUCGUAUUACGACAUGGCAUCGACCACCUGUUGGUGCUACCGCUGCUUCGGUGGCUACUCAGCAAGCGAAUCAGACUGAAUUGGAAAGGCAACGGGCGUUUAAUAGGUCGUUGCCUGGUGAUAGUCAAGCACCACCUGCUAUUGGAUCAUCUUCGAUAGGAUCUAACCCAGCUGCUGCUGCUUCGACUGUUAGUUUGGCUUCUACUACAUUAGCGGCUGCGUCUCCAACGUCAGCUACUGCAUCAACAACACCAUCAGCGAAUACAUCUAUAUUGCCACUACCUCCAGGUUGGGAACAGCGUCAUACACCUGAAGGGCGUCCAUACUAUGUCGAUCAUAAUACUCGUACCACUACGUGGUUGGAUCCUCGUCGUGUCUCCCAAGGAGGUAGAACAGGAACAACAACUGGAACUGGACCAAUGACUGCAGUACAAGCCGAGCGACAAUUACAGGCACAUCAACAACAAACUCAACAGCAAUUAGGGCCAUUACCUAGUGGCUGGGAAAUGAGGAUGACGAAUAACGGACGCAUAUAUUUUGUUGAUCAUACCGCUAAAAUCACCACAUGGGAUGAUCCGCGACUACCAUCGUCUGUCGAUCAGAAUGUGCCACAAUAUAAACGAGACUUUAGGAGGAAGCUCGUAUAUUUCCGAUCUCAGCCUGCCAUGAGACCACUACCGGGUCAAUGUCACGUAACAGUCCGACGUAAUAAUAUCUUUGAAGAUGCAUACUCUGAAAUCAUGAGGUAUCAAGCCAAUGAUCUCAAGAAACGUCUAAUGAUUAAAUUCCAUGGUGAAGAUGGUCUUGAUUACGGAGGUCUAUCACGAGAAUUCUUCUUCUUACUAUCCCAUGAAAUGUUUAAUCCCUUCUACUGUCUCUUUGAAUACUCUGCCCAUGAUAAUUACACGCUACAAAUCAACCCACAUUCAGCAAUCAACCCUGAACAUUUGAAUUAUUUCAAAUUUAUAGGACGUGUAGUAGGUCUCGCCAUCUUCCAUCAACGAUUCCUGGACGCAUUCUUCAUAACAGCCUUCUAUAAAAUGAUCUUAAAAAAGAAGAUUGUGCUGAAGGAUAUGGAAUCCGUAGAUGCCCAGCUAUUCAACUCUUUGGAAUGGAUGCUUGAAAACCCAAUCCAGGACGUCCUCGACCUGACCUUCUCAACCGAAGACGACAAAUUCGGCGAAGUGCAAACCGUCGACCUCAAAGAAAAUGGACGUAAUAUACCCGUAACUGAUGAAAACAAGCGUGAAUACGUGGAUCUCAUUACUGAAUGGAGGAUUUCUCGACGUGUUGAUGAACAGUUCCGGGCAUUUGCACAGGGCUUCCAUGAAUUGGUGCCUAUUGAUCUUGUGAAUGUGUUUGAUGAGAGGGAGUUGGAGUUGUUGAUUGGUGGUAUUGCGGAUAUUGAUAUUAAUGAUUGGAAGAAGAAUACUGAUUAUCGUGGGUAUAGUGAGACUGAUGAGGUUGUGCAGUGGUUUUGGAAGUGUGUCAGCAGCUGGGAUUCUGAAAAGAAGGCUCGACUCUUGCAAUUCGUUACUGGAACAUCUCGAAUACCUGUCAAUGGCUUCAAGGACUUGCAAGGAUCUGAUGGCCCAAGGCGCUUUACCAUCGAGAAAGCAGGAGAAGUAGGAGGCUUACCGAAAUCACAUACGUGCUUCAAUCGAAUUGACUUGCCACAAUACAAGACGUAUGAUGCUCUUGUCAGUAAAUUGACACUGGCUGUUGAGGAGACGCUUGGAUUUAUGACGGAAUAG